AUGCCGUCUUCGAAACCAAUUCAAGCAUCUUGGCAAACGCUCGCUGAAGGGCGUAAAGAUGCUUCCACGCAAGCGAUGCACGCUUUCGCCCGUGCGCAAGGCCUCGACCUCUACGCCCUGCAUGAUCGACUCGCCUCGAACCCGGGACGAAAUGUGACCCACUUGUCGUUGGAGGGGAUCUUGUCGAACAAGGACUUGCAGAUCACGGAGACAGUCAAUCUCGAUGAACUCUUGAGGAAGCUGAGGGAAGGCGAGUGGUCCUCGGAGGAGGUGACGGUGAGUGCUGCAUGAUGUAGCCGAGGUUAUGACGAUCCUCGAGCUCGGCGCGAUCGCGAGCCGGCGAGCCUACCCACCGGGUUACUGAGCGUUGCACUCAUGUGACGACUCAUGUAUCGUACUCGGCAUGUGAAACUUGCUCAAAGAGUAGCUGAUCGCGGGGCUACCACCCUUGUAUCAUUGCAGGCCGCCUUCUGUCGCCGCGCGGUAGUGGCGCAUGAACUUGUAAGUGGCACGUGACCUCGACGGUGAACUUCUUUUUGGCUUCGAAGCGCCGAGAUGACGAGAAGAGCCCUCAUCCACUUGACGAAUUGAUCCCCAUUUGAAUUUGACUGAAACUUUGAUGGGGAUUUCAAAUUAUCUUGUACGAACAGACGAAUUGCUUGACGGAAACCUUCUUUGAUCGAGCACUCGCUCGAGCUCGAGAAUUGGACCAGAUCCUCAAGAAGACCGGCAAGCCGGUAGGCCCCUUGCAUGGAUUGUGCAUCAGCCUCAAAGAUCAGAUCGACGUCGAAGGUGUAGAGCUGAACAUGGGAUACGUUGGAGCUAUCGGCAAUAUCAGCAAACAGAAUGCGGUUCUUGUCGAUAUGUGAGCAAUCGUCUUGAAGUUGUGUGCAGUCGGAAAUGUCUCUUGCCCCUUUGUCCAUGGUGACUGAUCGCCCAGAGUUACCCGUCAUCAGUCUUCUAAAAGCGGGAGCAGUCCUGUACUGCAAAACAAAUAUACCGCAAACCUUGAUGGCUGGAGAAACGGUCAACAAUGUGUAUGGUCGGACUGUCAAUCCCCACAACGGCGAUCUCACGUGUGGCGGCAGUUCGGGUGGUGAAGGUGAGUGCGAUGAGCCUUUGUAUCCUUGGUUCGGACAGCACUCACACCAUGUCCAAAAAAUAUCAGGCGCUCUUAUCGCUAUGCGUGGGUCCCCCCUUGGGGUUGGAACGGACAUUGGUGGCUCCAUCCGGUAAGCGCGCUGAGGGCCAUCAAAGACAUGCCUCGCUCGCUGACUCAUUUAAUCUCCGCAUCCGCGCAGCAUACCCGCGGGCUUCAACGGCAUCUAUGGGUUCAAGCCGUCAUACAACCGUAUCCCGUACCAAGGCGCAACCAACUCGAUGGUUGGUUUCGAAGCGAUCCCUUCCGUCGCCGGCCCCAUGUCGAGCUCGAUCGCCGGCCUCAAACUUUUCGUCAAGGCCGUGGUGGAAGCCGAGCCUUGGCGCGUGGACCCUUACGUCACUUAUCGACCCUGGCAAGAUGAAUUGUACCAACUGAAGGAUUAUGCAGGCGGGAACAAACUAUGCUUUGGGCUUUGGAGGGACGACGGGCAUUGUCGCCCCGCAGCACCUUAUGCUCGAGCGCUCGACAAGACCAAGAAAGCCCUCGAAGCCGGGGGCCAUACCGUCAUCGAUUGGUCCUUCGACGACGCUCUCGAAGGUCUCAAGAUCCUCGUCGAUUUAUAUGCCGCUGAUGGCGAGAAGGGCUUUGACAUCGCCUGUGCCGAGUCGGGCGAACCGAGGAUCUUUGGAAGGAUGAAUCGCGGCGAUGGGAAGGAGUUGACCGCUUCCCAGUAUUGGGAGUUGUGUGCGCGCCGGAAGGUGUAUGUCAAGUCACAAUUGGAUGCGUGGGAGGCUACGAGUAGUAUCACGGGUACUGGAAGACCUUUGGACGCAAUCAUAGGUCCUGUCUCGUGCCACGCCCCAGAAGUACACGGUGUCGCCGCGUGAGUGCAAGCUUGGCGUUUACGGUUUAUCUUGAAGCUUUGCUGACUCGCCCCGCUCUUUGGCUAUAGAUGGGGCUGGUAUACGGGUCUGGCAAAUCUGCACGACUACCCGGUUGGUUUGUUCCCCGUCAUCCAAGUCGACCCGAAAUUGGAUCCGUCUGCUCCUGCUCCCGCGAGCUAUCGAUCAGCUACCGAGAAACGGAUCCAAGAGACGUGUGAGUGUUUGAGGAGUGUGGAGGACUUUCUUCCCACCGUCAUCAAGCUGAGGAUUGUCUCCACCUUUCUCUCGUGCAGAUGAUCCUGUUUUGUAUGAGGAUGCACCCAUUGGCCUUCAGUGCAUGGGACGCAAAGGGCAAGAUGAGGCUAUCCUUCGGAUGACUGAGAUCAUCGAUGCAGCGCUGAGGAAGGCUGGAAAGGCGAACUUGUAG